CUUUCGUCAGAUUUCUUCGAUUCUACUGACUUCGAUUCUUCCUUGUAACGUUCAAUCCACCCCCCUGGCUGCACGACUAAGUUCAACACGUAUAUUUUGCUUAGUUUGGCCGUUGGCUGAAUGUCUUAGAUUUUGUUUCGCUCCAGAGGGAUUCGCCCUUGCUUCAACGAACCGGGCUAUGCGCGACCUCAAGGGACCACGGAAUAACGCCAUGGGUGCCAUAAGCUCAAUCGACGCAGCGGAAACUUUAGACCGCGCGUCCAAUACACGUGUUUUUUCCACGUCAACCGCUGACGCGUCGUCCGUUGCGAGGCCAAGCUCGGCGGACCAGAGACCGGAAUCACAGGGAGGGCGCGUAUCGAGUGGAAACAUGCCGUUGCGAAGAGAUGCGACGGAUGCAGCGCUCCCCGGGUUAGCGUCAACCGCUGCGGGAUCAGCGUCAAUUGCGGAGGGGCCAUCAGCCGUUGGAAUAGCGUCCAACGCGGGAGUAGCGACGCAAGCGGGAUUGGCAGUAGGCUCGAAGGCGGAGCCGGCGCCGUUAAUCCCGGGGCUGCCGGACGACCUGGCGACGGAGUGCCUGCUGCGGCUGCCGCGCCAGGAGCACCGCGCCAUGCGGCGCGUCUCACGGCGGUGGAACGAGCUCAUCCAGUCCCCCUCAGGGGUGGUCCCCCUUGUAUUACAAGAUGCGGCGACACAGGAACGUGCAGGAGGGUGGCUGUACGUGCUGUCGCGCGAUAGCUCGGACCGGUUGUGGUGGCAUGCGCUGGACCUGCAGACUGCCACGUGGCAUGACGUGCCACGCAUGCCCUCUGACUGCAGCAAGGCGUAUGGGCUGGCCUGCGCAGCCUGCCAAGGCAACCUUUAUGUGAUCGGGGGCGCGGGGUGGCUCAAACCCAGCAGACAACACGUGUACAGGUACAACCCCCCGGCCAACAAGUGGCACCGAGUGGCGGACCUGGCGUUCCCGCGCUGCUACUGCAUGGCGGGGGCAGUGCAGCUCGCCGGGGGGAACAGGGGUACCGAUGCGGCAGUGCGGCUGCCAGGGGAGGGCCGGGUUAGGGAGGGUGCGGACAGGUCUAUAGAGUGGGGGAGAGAACGGGUGAUGGAGAGACAAGGGGAGGGGGAGGGGGAGAGUGAAGUAGUAAGGGAUGGGGAGGGGGAGAGAGAGAGGAGCAGAGUGAAGGAAAAUGGAAGGGUUGGAGGGAGAGGAGGGGGCGAUUCAAGCAGCGGAGGGCAGGAGGCGAGGGGUGCAGAGGGAGGGAGAGGGAGAGAGUGGAGGGUUGGUGAGGUGGCAGGGGAGUGGGCGAGUGAGCGGCUGGUGGUGGCAGGAGGCAUGGGGGCCAGCAACACAUCUCUGCUGACAUCGGUUGAAGUGUACAACCCGCAGGAGGACAGGUGGACGUCAGCUGCCCCUCUCCCGUUCGAGUGUGACCUGGAGGACGCAGCAGUGCUCGCCAACCGUCUACUGCUGCGCCACAUGCGCUGCGUGCACUCGCGCCCCGGCCCCGAUGCAGUGGCCUUCUCCCUCACCUCCAACUCCUGGUCCCCGCUUUCUGGGAACCUUCCUGCCGCCUGGCAUGGCCCAUCGACGGUGCUAGAUGAUCGGUUGUACAUGCUGGAUCAGAUCGGAGGGAUCAGAUUGGCCGUGUACGAUGACGUGGCACAGAUGUGGCGCCCGAUUGGCCGGCUGUCCCCGGCGCUGCUGACCCCCCCGUGCCGCAUUUUAGGGUUUCGGGGGCGCCUGUACGUGAUAGGGCGGGGGCUGUCGAUGGUGGUGGUGGGGGUGGAGGAUGCGAUGCGGUGUGAUGGGGUGCUGCUCACUCGCAGGAUCGAUGGCGUGGGGUGCCCCUCGGAUGUCGUCAUCAGCUGUGUGGUGCUCGAGCUGUGAUUGGCUGAAGUGCUGCAGCUGUGAUUGGCUGUUUUUUCCUGGUUUUUGUCCCUCUGGUGCCACUGUUGGCAUGGCAGAUGGAUUUGUACAGCUUUUUUCUACCCACCCAUUUUCAGAAUUCUGCAUUUGGAGUUCACUUGCGGUUGUUGACUACCGUUGCUGCCAUCUUGUGAUGCAGAAUUCCAAUGUUUGCAUUUGCACUCACUAAGGUUC